AUGUCCAGUGAUCGUUCCUCCGACCCCAUCUUCAUUCCUGCCUCCAAUGCCCGUCCCCGGCGUGGCUCCAUCGGCGAACUCGUCACGAAGCAGACUAAUUCGACGGACAGUCAGGCUGCUAAGCAGAAGGUCAACCAGCAGCGCCGACUAUCCAUAAACUUCCUUGGAAUGUCUGAAUUUUACACCGAGACCUCUCAACUUGACAUCCUGGGCUUCCACCAUGGCAGUCUAUGUAACUCUGGGGAAUCCAGCGCCCCAAACGAGGACGUGAUAGUAGAAAAGACGGUAGGGUCGCCAUCGGACGCCAUCUUCACCUCCCCUUUGGCCCGACGGGCGUCGAUAGGAGCGUUGGCGCUCCGUGAUGCUAGCGCUGGAAGCAUUGGCAAUCGUACAUAUCUCCCCCGGUCUAUCACCCAUCAGAAGGACCCAUCAUGUUUUAUUGGUGGUCAGCGCUGCUUACCUCAAUACCCGGUCUCCUGGUGCAAUUACCUCAUCGUCUCCCAGUGA